AAAAAUGAUGAUGUGUUGGGCACCCGAUUGUAAACAUUACAACGUAAGGGAGAAGUGUAACUUUUUCAAGUUCCCGAAGGAAGGAAAAGAAAGGAACAAAUGGAAGAAACUUACGAGGCGUACCAUUGAGCCUGGUCCCGGGGCAUAUUUGUGCAGUUGCCACUUUCGUGAGGGUAACAAGGAAGAUGGACCAGAAUUGUUCUUAUAUAACAGAACGAAAAAAAUUAUUUGGACUACUCCAGAAAAAGUAAGUCGCAAACGAAAAAAUGUUUCAGAAGAUGUUUUGCAUUUAGAUUUAAAUAUGCCAUCAACAUCAGGAUUAUCACCUAAUGUUUUUGAGGAAUCCGAAACUAAUAAUAAUAAAAUAUGUAAAAAUUUGAACUUGGCUUGUGAAGAAACAGAGAUCAUUGCAAGACAGGUAAAAUUUCAUCCUGCAACAUCAGGAUCAACUAGUUCUGCUAUGUUGGAAGCAGAAAAUGAUUUAUUAAGGAAAGAAAAUGAUGAAUUAAAACUUAGGAUUCAAAUUUUGUCUAUAAGAUUUUCAUUUGACCAUAUUAAAGAUAAUGAGGAACUUGUGUUGUUGUAUACUGGAUUACCAAAUUCAGAUAUUUUUAUGGCCCUUUUAAUUUACUUAAGGACAUUGAGAUAAAUUAUUAUUUUAAUUGGAAAGUAGAGAAAGUUAGAAAAAUCGAUCAGUUGUUAAUGUGCUUAAUGAAACUUAGACAUAAUUUUCCACAUAUCGAUCUUGCACAAAGAUUACUUGGAUACAUGUAUUACAUGCUAUUCUUUUCAAACAACUCAUGAAAAAUAUACCAAAUAGAAACAAAA